AUGAGUCAAACAAUUAUUCGAAAUUCUAAUCCAUUUUGGAUUGAUGAAACACAUGAUUUUAUUACAUCUUUUCUAAAACAUCCACGUAUUAUACAUGCUGA